AUGGCGCGCUCCGGCAAAUAUGGCGGAAGGUCGUGGGGGGUGUGUUGGUCUGAACGAGGGUGUGGUCUGGGCACUGAGGAACGUAAUGUGUGGUGUGGUGACGCCCAGGGACGCCCACUGCCGCCCACACUCUGCAGACAUCACGACAGACCCCCUAAUUCACGCACCUGUUACUCGACUUGUACAGACGGGUCGUGGCUGGUAGACUCAUGGUCGCCCUGUCAGGUGAGCGACGACCGCUCCAGGGACGUCGACGGCCUCUGUCAUGGACGCCGGACGAGGAACAUUACUUGCGAGGUGCAGGGAGCGCCGGCCACCCAGGACCAGUGUACGAGUCCUCCGCCCUCCAGGGAGGUAUCCUGCAUCACCGCCUGCCCCCAGGACUGUGUCCUGGGGCCCUGGGGCAACUGGGUCCCUUGCGUGUCCUGCGACGCCUCCCAGCGCCGCACCCGCACCGUGUUGGUGGCGCCCACACCUGGCGGCCUCCCAUGUCCACCCCUCAGCGAGUCACGGCCAUGCAUAGCUGAAUGUCUCCCUUCUGGCGUGUCCCCGGCCUUGUCUGGUGAAAAGGCAGAACCUCUGGUCAGACUACGAGUAGGAGAGUGGGGGCCCUGUCAGACCACAUUCACACCUGAUCAUGUAGAACCAGAAGACACCGCAAAUAUAGAGGAAAACUCGAUAUUCUUCACCAGCGACCAUGACUCCACACUUGCCGAAAUUGACGACGAUGAAGGCCUGGAGAAGAGCAACAGUAUCGAGGAACUGCCGUACACAAGAUCGGAGAGAGCCUGGAGUGAGCAGCAGCCCACGCAUGUCGAGGAGAAGCUCACUGGACGUCCGGAAAAAGACCUCCCAAAAGUUGGACGGCAAGAGCGAGAGCUGACGUGUGUACACACGAACGGCACUCGCCUCCCACUAAGCGUGUGCUUGACUGGUCGUGGACAGGUGGCGGAGCGGGUACGGACGUGUGUGGUAUCCAGGGACUGUGUUGUGACUCAGUGGUCAAGCUGGUCUACUGUCGUCCCCGGCUGCGUCGCCCCCAGUGGACUGGUGGUGCGGGAGGUGCGGGAGAGGAGGAGGACCAGCUCUGCCCUACAGCAUGGGGGAGGUGUGCCUUGUCCUCACCUCCUGGAGCAACACACCCUGCCGGACCCCAGCCUCCAGCCCUGUGACACAAGGUACCAGUGGGUCAGCUCAGCCUGGGGGUCGUGUGUGGCGUCGGUGGGGCAGGAGGAGGCAACCGUACAGUGUGGAGGAGGCGUGCAGACCCGCCAGCUCACCUGCGUCCGUGCCUCCGACCACGUGCCCGUGCACGACGACCUGUGUAUCCACGUGGAGCCCCCACCCCGUGUCCAGAGGUGUGAGGUCGGGUGUGAGCGGGACUGUGUCGUGGGCCCUUGGUCAGCUUGGGGCGUGUGUACCCCUACAGACUGUACCGCCUCGCCGCCCCCUGCCACCCCAGGGUUCCGUCGUCGUCGUCGACAGGUGAUGGUGACGCCCAGCGUGGGAGGAUCUGAGUGUCCACCGCUGGAGGAACAGAGUGAGUGUCACGAGGCACAGUGCCACCAAUGGGUGCUGGGAGGGUGGUCACCGUGUGUCCUCACCAGCCCCUCGCACUCCUGCGGCCCCGGACACCACACACGUAACGCCUCCUGCAUCGACAGUGCCGGCGCACCGGCACCCUGGGAGGAGUGUGAACAAGAGCUUGGCGUGGCACCCCAGAAGCAAGAGUGCCACGUGCCCUGUUCCUUCGACUGUGUGGUAGGGGAGUGGUCGCGGUGGUCCCCCUGCACGAGGCCCUGUGCCAGUCAGCUACACGUCGGCUACACGGAGAGGAACACCACCAUCGUCGCGCCACCUGGACCAGGAGGACUAACAUGUCCGCCUCCUGACGAGCUGACGCAGGUGAAGACGUGUCGUGUAGAGCCUUGUGGGGGCGCUGCCUGGGUGGCGGGGCCCUGGGGGGAGUGUGCCCUCCCUGCACGAGCCGCCUGUGGCCCUGGCAGACAGACGAGACAACUUAACUGCCGCGACCACCACAACAACACCCUCGCUACCUACAAGUGUGGUGGGCUGAGUCGACCUGAGCUGGAGCGUCAGUGCGAGGUGUCGUGUGGCACCGCCUGCACCGUCACCUCCUGGAGCGAAUGGUCCCCCUGCCUCGCCCCUGACCCUUGCCCCAUGGACGGUGUGUUGGUGUCGUCGGCUCAGCGUCGGUGGCGUCGGGUACUGGUGGAGCCGAGUGAGGGUGGCGACGCCUGCCCAGGGUUAGAGGAGGAGCGGGGUUGUGCCCAUGCGCCUGUCGCUUGUACCUCCCACCUCUGGCGGUCGGGGCCCUGGUCCUCCUGCACCCUCGCUGACGACGUCGAAUGUGGCAUUGGCUUCAGGGUUAGACGUGUAGAGUGUGUCGACGCUGGGGGCGCGGUGGUGGAGCCCACACAUUGCCUGCUGGGGGACCACAUAGUGCCAGAGAGCAGCGUGGAGUGCCAGGUGUCGUGCAGAGAGGCGUGUGUGACCUCAACCUGGAGUGCCUGGACGGUGUGCCCCACCCAUCCACCCUGCGGCCACACCUCCUCCAGGACCCGCCAACUCUUAGACAGCAGCACAACAAACCCGAGAUGUCACAACAUCAGCCUGAGGGAGAGUGAGGUGUGUCCUUGCCACAACUUCUAUUCAACACCUGCUGGCUCCUGGUCCUCUUGCCUGGUAGGCGUGGGUGUCGAGCAUGAGCAGAGUGGGGGCGUGGGCGUGGGUGGCGUGGGAGUAAGUGGCGGCGCGAGCGCAGCACCAGGAGAGGAAGCAGGGCUGUGUGGGGUGGGGAGGAGGUACCGGGCGCUCUUGUGUACCAGAGACGAUGGUGUUCUGGCCCACCCCAGGUCGUGUGGUCACGGCGGGGUAGAGGAAGAACCUUGCAUGGUCGAGUGCCCCUCUGACUGCCGUGUGGGACCCUGGGGAACAUGGAGCUCCUGUAAUGCUUCCUGUGGCGCCGGACUCCAACACAGAACCAGAGAGAUCCUAGAGCCUAGCCUGUGGGGAGGACGCCCAUGUCCUGAGACCACCCAGGGUCGGGCGUGCUGGGGCUCAUGCCUCGCUGAGUGGGUGCCAGGGGGGUGGUCAGAGUGCCACAUCACCGCCAAGAAGGACUGUGGCUCUGGCACUCAAACCAGAAAUGUCAGGUGUUUGAGGGAGGCGCCGACAGGACUACAAGAGGAGGUGAUGCAGGUGGAGUGUGAUUCCUCAGUGAAGCCUUUCACACACCAGAUCUGCCAUGUCUCCUGCCCCGGCGAGUGUGUGGUGUCAAUGUGGUCCUCGUGGUCACCUUGCCCUCAGGACUGUCCAGAACACAGCCACCGGAGGAGGAUUCGUGAAGUGGUGCGUCGACCUGUGGGGAAUGUGGCCACCUGUCCGACCCUGACAGAGGAAGAACCUUGCGUUAAGGACGUCUCCUGCUGGCGAUACUCCUGGCAGGUGGCCAACUGGACCUCUUGCGUCCCUCUUGGCCACUCCUCCUGCGGCGAGGGUGUCCGCAACCGACCAGUUACCUGUGUCAGGUCUGGCGGGGUGGCCGUGCCAGACUGGAUGUGCCGGCGUGAGUCUCGACCGUCGCCAGUAGAGACUUGGUGUUACGUCGACUGUCCUAUUGACUGUGAGGUGACGCCUUGGACCACCUGGGACGACUCCAAGUGCUCCUGUGGCGAGAACCCUGGAGAGAUGACCAGACGUCGAUUUCUGUCGGUGAAUCCAAGUGAGUGUGGACGCCCGUGCCCCGCCCUACUGCAGCAGACGCGUCCAUGCCCAGCCAUUCCCUGCUACACCUGGGAGCGAGGCCCUUGGUCUCAGUGUCAUCUACAGGGUGGGAGCUGCGGCCAUGGGUUCGUGGAGAGGAAAGUGUCGUGUGUUGGUCCUGGCGGACAGACCGUCGACCCUCAUCUAUGUCUGGCACUCGUCCACGUCGGAGGCCACACCUGGCCCUACUUAGCCAGAGCCCUUGACCUCAACACCAGGGAUGGGUGUUACGUGCCGUGUGAGGGCGACUGUGAGCUGACAGAGUGGGCCUCCUGGUCACACUGUCACCGAGACUGUUCCAGAGGCCACCAAGGCGGGACUCAGGCGAGGUCACGGGCGGUGUUGACGGAGGGGUCGACUGAGGGAAGGGAAGGAAGGAAUUCGUGCCCUGGGCCGCUGUGGGAGACGAGGCCGUGUCUGGCAGGUCCUUGUUUCAACUUCAGCUGGGAGGUCCACAACGACACCAUCCAGUGUGUCCGUAGUGACGGUCUGCUGGUGACGGGUGGUUGUGAGGGGGAACCCAGGCCGUGUGUACCAGAGUGCUCGGUGCGGGGGUCGCUCUGCUCUGCCGUCGGUGCUUGUGUCUGCCGUCCGGGUCUGCGGCCGCUGUACUCGGAGAAACAGCGGUUCCGUCUCACCAGCUGCAUCCCUGCCCGCAACCUCACCUUCCCCCUGCCCCAACCUCUCUCUGGGGCCAAGUACCUGCCAGCAGAAGAUAUCAACGUGUGGAUGUUUGCCAUGGUGGCCGUUGGCAGCGCCUUCGUCGUGUUCGUUGUCAUCUCCAUGUACCUCCUGUGCCAAAGUCCUCGUGAGCAGACGACGACGCCCCUGACACUUAGACGGCAGAAGAAUCUUCGUCAUCGGCCUGUGUGAGACCGAAGAAGGAUGCCGUCACUUCCAUCAGCAGCCGAGUUCUGGGUUCUUCCGUUAAUAAGGCCCCUCCGGAGACCCACGAAAGUGUUGUAUAUCGUUUGAGACUGAACCUCAAGUAUUGAAAAUCGGUCCAGACCGAAUCACAACUGUUGUAUAUUGGUCAUGACCGAAACACGAGUGUUUUAUAUCAGUUUGGACCAACCCAAGAGUGUUUUUGUUGGUCUAGAUCUGUCGCAAGUGUUGAGUAACGGUCCAGACGUUCUUCAAUCGUGUUGGGAUGUCGAUCAAGACCGAGCGAAGACUGUUACAUAUUGGUCCAAACUAUUGCAAGUAUUGAAUAUCGGUCGAGACCGGCACAUAAGUGUUUUAUAUUGGUCCAGGUCGUCGCAAUUGUUGUAUAUAGGUCCAGACCGACCCAAGAAUGUUGCACACCUCUGCAAUCUGACUCACGAGUGUUCUCAAUUGGUGUAGACCAUCUCAAGUGUUGUAUAUCAAUCCAGACAGACCUUCGAGAGAGUGUUUUAUCGGUCUUGACCGACGCAAAAGCGUUGUACAUCGGUCCAGAAUGCUUUUAAUUUCCAAUGCCUGUUCCUUGUGUGGGCAAGAGUGUGGCCACGGUGGUGUAGUGGCUCGACUCCCUCUUACUGUAGAGACUCGUUCAAGUUGCUUCUUGUGGGACUCGUAUCUUUCAGUGCUCUCUUCUCUUGGGCUUCGUAGUAGACCGUGGCAGACAAACAGACAAAGGCAGAUAUACGCAAAGAAGGAAUACUAUAAGUGAAAAAAAAAACAAUUUAUGCUUCCUCGUGUCAUUUGGUGUUGUAUCUAUACAGUAAAUAGUAUAUUAUAAAGAAAACAUCGUCAUAUUUAAGAAGAAAAAGAAUCUAUUAUUUAAAACAAUGGGAGGCAGGUACAAGGGGAGUUAUUUUAGGGGUAAAUAUAAAUUCGUGUUGACUGACAGUAACAUCAAGGAUUUUAUCUCUAAUGCAAAUCGUUAAUCCUAAAAUAAGAGAUUUGUUUAUCGAGGAGAAGAGUAUUAGUCAUUUUAUCUCACCACGCUAUACCAAGGUAAACAACAUGUUCUCAAGUGCACGACAUGAAAGUACUGUACAAUUAACAAUAUAUGGAUCAUUUAAUUCAAGUGUUGAUGUGUGAAGCAGAUAAGGUAUUCAACCCUCCAUAAUAUUCUUGUGUUGCUCAUCACCAGCUGGUGGUUUCGUCAUCCUGUAUAUUAAUCAACUUUCAUACAAUAAUAGUGUUAUGUGAGGGCUGAGUGGUCAUCAGCCAGGAGUGAGCGGGUCAGCUGUCCAUGUAUGACCUAGACUGUGUACAUAAGUGUCAGUCAUUUGAUAUUCUUAUCCCAGGUUCGUGUUACUACAGUCGCUUUGUGAGUUAUGCUACUGUGAUUGUCUUGUGUCGUCGUCUUAGCUUUGUGGGGGUAAGGGGAGAAAACUGAGACAAGAUAGAAAGAGGGGAAGAAUCAAGAGAGAUAGAGAAGUAAAAUACAAUGUACUGUGCACAUGUGUGUGAAUUAUGUGUGUGUGUGCAUGUGUGUAUGUAUGUAUGUAUAUGUAUGUAUAUGUGUACAUAGCAUAAUCUUGCAAGAAAAAGGGAGGCAACAGGAUGUUUUGUCCUGAUUAUACUGAAGACUUACAAGUAUAUACACAACUUUAUACAUAUCGUUUUAUGUCUCUCAGUGAAAGUUUAUCAUCUUGAUAUAGUUCUUUAUUUUCAAUAGCCUUUGUUAAAUACAGUUCAUUACCAGUGUCUUCCCUUUCCUUACAUUCUGUUCAUAUUUCUGGUCUCUCUCUCUCUCUCUCUCGUUCGUUCGUUCGUUCGUUCGUUCGUUCGUUCGUCUUUGUACUUCUUAUCAUUUUGAGAGAGGAAAGAGUUUCCAGAUAAACACAAAAACACGUCCACGAGAACUGCCACACACACUCCAGGCACCAAACAAGCACAACCCCCCCUCCACACACACCAGGUGCCAUACAAAGACAACCUCCCCCCCUCCUCCCCCCACGUACACACCAGGCGCCAAACAUACUGGGCGCCAUACAACAUGAUCCCCUUGCCACCACACACAA